GGUUAGUUCUGGGAUGACGAUUUUCGACCGAAGUGGGACACUAUGCUCUCAUACUUCAAAAUAUUGGACGAGUGCCCUCGUUCAGGGUCAAUGAUUGUUCACUGGAUAAGAAAGUUCCCGUUUUUCUGCAGUGAUCGAGAUUACGUAAUUGGUCGAAGAAUAUGGGAGGCUGGAAAGACUUUCUAUUGUGUGACAAAGGGGGUACCUUAUCCUUGUUUGCUGAAGCGUGACAAGCCAAGAUGAGUCGAGCUUUACUUUUCAAGUUGGAUUAUCAGGCCUGGUGGGUCUCUGUCUCUGCACCUUAUGAUUCAAGAAAUCGUAUUCUGGACGUUGCAAGUGAUAACACCUUUUCUUUAAACUAUCCUGUGAUGUGCAGUGGAAUCUUGAAAGGCGAUGAACAGCAGUCCGCAUGUGAAGUUACUCUCGUACAUUAUGAAGACAUGGGGAUCCCAAAAGACGUAGCCAAAUUGGGUGUUCGUCACGGUAUGUGGGGAGCUGUGAAGAAAUUGCACUCUGGAAUGAGAGCAUACCAGAAUGCUGGAAAAACCGAUGCUUCAUUGUCUAGAUGUGCACUGAUGGCAAGAACAGGCACAAAAAAUUAUUGUGAUGUGAAAAUAAGCUCUCCUGGUCCUGUUUCAAGGGAAGAUGAAAAUGAUCAAACCACGGUUAUUGGGAGGAGGAACGGUAAUGGCCUUAACUGGAAGUUGAUCUCUGUAGCUGGAACAGUGGCGCUGGCUUUCAGACUCCGCUCGGGCGUAAUCGUGAAGGCGUUGUUAGUCGGAGCCGGGCAGAGAAAUGGCCGGCGAUGA